GUCAUCUUCUGUCGACCGUUUUGGUUUUGACAUUUCUUUGCCGGUUGUUUUUUUGUUGAAAUUUAUUUAUCUCCAACGAAAUUUUGUGAACUUUUCCCAAUAAAAAAUGUUUACAUUCGAAAUUGCAUCGAAAAAAUCUCACUACAACAUAAAAUAUGGUUACGCCGAUUGUUACUUUGGCAAAUGCUUCGUUGCAUUCUCCAACGAUGCCAUUUGUCAUCUCCACUUUGUGGACAAAGAAAGCAACAGUCAUAUCCAGGAAUUAAUCAAGAGAUUUCCUGAAGCCAAUCUACAAGAGGACACAACUCAAGAAGCCACCGAAGUUGUGGAUAACAUCUUUGUUGACACAAAUACCUCAAAAAACUUUCGUUUAAUCCUCCAAGGGACUGACUUUCAGGCGCAAGUCUGGCAGCAGUUGUGUGAUAUACCAAAAGGACAAACUUGGAGCUACGAGGAUGUUGCAGUGGCUAUGAACAAACCCAAAGCAAUCAGGCCUGUUGCAAAUGCAAUUGCAAGCAAUGAAAUUGCAUAUUUGAUUCCUUGCCAUCGAGUGAUUGCAAAGUCGGGAAAGAGCAAAUAUCGUUGGGGCCCGGACAGAAAGAUUAGCAUUUUGGAGAGGGAAGGUGUUCAUUUAGGGUAAAAUUAUGUUUGUUUUUGUAAAUUUAUGUUUUUGUAAUAAAAUAAUUUAAUUA